AUGGCCGACCCAGUGACUCCGGCAACCACCGACUCCCGCCCCACCGGCAACCGCAAAUCCGCACGUCCCGACGAAGACACUGCCGGAUUGACCAGCGGCCUGGUCCCCAACGCGGGGAUGAAACUUCCCGGCGCGACGCAGGGACAGGAUGAGAAGGAGUCUCUCAAGAUUCGCAUUCAUUUGAAUUUGCAGGCGAAGGUUAAGUUGGAUUUGGAUGCGCAGUUGUAUGGCGAUAUUGUUAUUGGACUGCUGUGA